CCCCCUUCAGUCCCAGAAAUGCCCGUGUCACCGGGCGUGCGUGGUAGAAGCACUACUGCUACAAAUAUGACUAUCACUUAGCGCCGUGAAGGCGGGGCAGCCAAUUGUUCCUAUCUGGACGCUAGACAUUUCGUGGCUUCAUCGGAAAAUUGGACCAUACACGAGGGACCCUGCUGAGUUCGUGGAGGCUCAAGUAAUUGACCUUUGGGAUACUCGAUACUAUACCAAGGAAACUUUAGCACAUUUCAUAAGACCUAUUACAGUCUGAAGCGCGUUCUGCGAAUUCACCCUAGUCCUAUAUACGACCCUAGAAGGUAAGAGGUCUCUGUCGCCAUGGCUCCUAUUGACGUCAGGCAGUUCAUCAACGGCAAGUUCGUGCCUUCGCGUGACGACGAGACCUUUGAUCUCUUCUCUCCCUAUUCGGGAGAAUGUGUUGCCAAAGUCUCUGAAGCAACCGUCGAUGAUGUCGACCAGGCCGUCGCCGCCGCAAAAGCGGCCUUCCCAGCCUGGUCCACGAUGUCGCCCCAACAGCGCGGUAAAUCCCUCGCCAAGCUUGCCCAGAUGAUUACCGACGCAGACGCAGAGCUGGCCCAGUUAGACGCUUUAUCUCUGGGCCGGCCGAUCAGCAGCUACUUCGACGGCUACUACGCCGCCGGCCAAUUUCGGUACUUCUCCGAGGCCGCCUAUCCCGUCGGUACAUCAAGCCUCAACACCCCGGGCUUCAUGAACGUGUCGUUGCGUCAACCCUACGGGGUAUGCGCUGCUAUCAUCCCCUGGAACGCACCCCUCGUCUUCUUCGGCAAGAAGCUGGCCCCCGCCCUCGCCGCGGGGAAUACCGUGCUCAUCAAGACGAGCGAGAAGGCGCCGCUGACCUCGGAUCGGGUCGCCAAGAUGCUUAACGAGGCCGGGUUUCCCCCGGGUGUAGUGAAUGUACUCCACGGCCACGGCCAUGUCGCGGGCGCCGCCAUAAGCAGUCACAUGGAGAUCCGCGCUCUCUCUUUCACGGGCUCGGUGCGGACAGGGCGUGCGAUCCAGAAGGCGGUGGCCGAUUCAAAUUUCAAGCACCUGAUCUUUGAGCUGGGCGGCAAGUCGCCCGCCAUCAUCUUUGACGACGCGGAUCUUGAGCGUGCUGCCCAGGAGACGCAGAACAGCAUUAUGUGGCACAGCGGGCAGACUUGCAUGGCCAACUCGCGCAUCUACGUGCAGAAAGGGAUCGCGGAGAAAUUUAUCCAGACGUUUAACGGAUUCGCGGCUGCGCGGAAGUUGGGGGACCCGGCGCUGAUGGAGACCAUGUCGGGGCCUCAGGUUGACAGAACGCAGUUCGAGACGGUUAUGCGAUAUGUGGAGGAGGGGAAGAAGACGGGCCAGAUGAUGGCGACAGGGGCGGCGAUGCCAAAAGAGAAUGGGGAUUUAUUCGUGGGGCCCGUGGUAUUCUUGCAGCAGCCCGAGGACGCCAAGGUCAUGAAAGAGGAGAUCUUUGGGCCCGUGGUAUGUAUCAACACUUUCGAGACGGAGCAGGAGGCCCUGAAAUGUGCGAAUGAUUCCGAGUUUGGGCUGUAUGCUGCGGUUUAUACGACAGAUAUUAAUCGGGCGUUGAGGGUUGCGAAGGGCUUAGAAUCGGGGAUGGUGGGGGUCAAUUGCACUUCCCCUACGGGAGCGUGGGAUAUGCCCUUUGGUGGAUAUAAGGGGAGUGGUAUCGGCCGUGAGAGUUUUCUUGACAGCAUGGAUGACUGGCUGGAGCAGAAAGCUGUGUACAUCCGGGUUGACGGUGUGGAGAAGGCGGUGGGUGUGAACAAUACCCUAGGUCGAUAACGAAGUCAUCCAUCUGAGAAACGACACUUGUCUACGGCAGUUGGCUACGUUUCUGUUGGGGUGCAAAUGAAAAUAUCAGUGUUUUUUGUUCUAGGCCGCACGCCAUCUUUCUAUGCCCAGUUCUCCUGGGCCGUUUCAAUUACAUCUUGUCGGAGCCGUCACUCCGAUAACACAUAUGGUCCAUUUUUUAGUAC